GCUGAUAGUAGAAAAAUCCACAUUACGUGUCAACUUCUCUCAACUCAACUUUUUCUUUCCAAUUAGUUGUGUGACCAAGUUACAUUUUAUUCUUCAACGCAUAGCAUAACCAAAUUUCUUUCCACAUCCAAUCAACAAUCAACUACUUCAAUUAAAAAACAAACACUUAAUUGUGCAAUAUAAACCAAUAAUGCUCUCAAGCACCCUCAGCCAAACACUAUCAAUUGUCGAGUAGAUGUUUCUUCCAUAAAGAAAGUAUUCAACUCCCAACCCACAAAAACUUAUCGCGGAUAUACCAUUAGACGAAACACGAAAAAGGUACAAAUUUAUGUAGUUUCUAAAUGAAAGUAAACAUAAUGCUAGCGUGGAAUUUAAAGUCCUGUAGUAGCCUCACUAGAUCCGCACAAAAUGCUAUAUUAGCUUUGAUUCUCUUAGUGCAAUUAACACGUGCCGCCGAAUCGACCAACCGUCUGCGAGUAGUGUACGCUGUCAACGCCGGUGGCGACAGCCACACCGACAAAAAUGGAAUUCUCUUCGAGCAGGAUCCGCUGCGUGGCAAAGUUGGCACCGAGUCUGACUACGGCAGGCAGCUAUUGAUCAUUGGACGGGUCUCACAGCAGGACGAGAUUCUCUACCAAACCGAACGCUAUCACACUGCCACGUUCGGCUACGACCUCCCCGUAACCGAGGACGGCGAGUAUGUGCUGAUACUGAAGUUCUGCGAGGUCUACUUCAAUGCCCCCAAUAUGAAAGUGUUCGACGUUGUACUUAAUGGUGACCACACCGUCAUCUCGGAUCUGGAUAUAUUCCACCAGGUGGGCAAGGGCACAGCGCACGACGAAUACGUCUUCUUCACGGUGUCGCGGAAGCGAUUGUUCGUGAAGGAAGAAGAGUCCGAGAUCAGAAACGGACGAAUACGGCUGGAAUUCGUGAAGGGCAUCAAAGAUAAUCCCAAAAUCAAUGCGUUCGCCCUGUUGAAGGGUGACGUCGAGAGUAUUCCCAGAUUGCCGCCCAUCGCUAUGGAAGAGCGCGCCACACCCCUUGAGACUGAGAUCCCCAUUGAAGACAUCGUGGAGAAGCCAUCACUGAAAUCUCGCAAAACUAGUGGACCCAAACAGCCCAAUCCCUAUACAAUGGAUGAUUCGUCGGUGAUGCUGCCUGUGUUCAUCGCUAUCGGAGCAUUUAUUCCUCUGCUAUUUUGCCUAUGCAAGCUGUGAUUUACUUAAGUUUAAUUUUAUUAUUUUUAGUUUGGGUUUAUUUUUUUCUUUUUAAGUAAAAACGAAAAAAUUAUAUGUAUUUGUUGUUUUCCUAUAAUAAUUAUGUAAUUUAAUUCAAAAGCAAACAAAAUACAACAUAGAUUUACAUAUUUUUCUUUCUUAGUUAUUUAUUUUCAAUAAAAUAAAAUAAAAAUAUAAUUUAGAAUAAUUUAACAAAAAAAAACAAAUUUUAUAAAUUGUGUGAGGAAAAUUAUGAUUGUCAAAUACCUAUAAGGCUUAUGCAAACAAUACAAAAUGCGUCAAAGUGGUUGUUCUAAUUAUUAUAAUUUAUUUUGACCAGUUACAAUUACUGCUAAUGUAAUUUACAAAACAAAUUAAAACAAGAAAAUGGUUAAAAUAAAAAAAACACUAAAGUUGAUGAUGACAAAGGA